GAAAACUUUGUGAAAUUAAGUUCAUUAUUUACAUGAGCGGUAAAAUAGUUCGUAAUGAAAUUUUAUUUAAUUCUACUCGCGAUUUUCCUUUUCAUAUAUCCUACGAUUGGAGUACAUCAGUGUGAAAAGCAAUUUUUUAAAACAGUUUAUCACGAUGGCUACAGUGAAAUUAGUGUUCUUUUAAUAUGGUUUCCCGUAAGUGCAGGCUCUCAAAGUACACUGCGUGUGUGUUCUAAUGAAACUGGUCUACCGUUGCAACGUCACUGUACCUAUGAACGUUCCAGCAAUACUUCAACAUGGGAAGAAAUAAACGGGCAUAUCAAAUUACUUAAUUGCAGCUCAAUUGAUACCGUGUGCAGGGAGGAACCCUUUCGUCACAAUUAUGUUAUGAAAAAUAAUGUUAUAAAAUCUUUUGAAAAUAAAUGGAAAUCAGCUAAAAUAUCAGAAUUGGCAGAUUUAAAAGAACCUUGUUUAUUAAGAUCUGGUUUACCCAUAACCCGUCUUUGUAGCUUUAAUUCUGAACAAAUGAAAGCACAGUGGGAACUGCUAAGUCCACAAAUGAGAAAUAUUUCUUGUAUGCGAGAAACGCGUGAAGAUGUUAUAACUUAUGAUCUUAGUACUCUCUACAAGGAAGUUAAAGAUGAUGAGAAGGAUAAUAAAGUAAAGCCUAAUAAAGUCGUAAAGGAAAUGACGGAUAUAUUGCAAAAAUCUAAUGCAAUACGCGUGCCAGCCGAUAUUAAAAUAUCUAGUGAUAUUUUGAAAAUUAUAACAGAAGAGAAUAGAAAUCCUGAACUUCUAACAUCAGUUUUAAAAGUUACUGAUGUAAUUUUGGACACAAAACCGCAAAUAGUAAUAAUGUCUGAAGAAGUAAAUGCCACCUCGACAUUACUGAAAACGAUUGACACGUAUCUACACAACAUGGCUGAGGUCUUGGUGCCCCCUAACCAUUGUCAUAAUAUUUUAAAUGGUACUUUUUAUAAGAAAUUCAAUCACACAAGUGUAUUCUAUAUAAAUCCUUCGUGUUCAAAUAUUUCUGGUAUAGCAAUUUAUAAAUCGAAUUCCAGUCACCUACAUUACGAUGCCCAUUCUGGCCAACGCUAUCGCUUUUUGUAUUUAAAUGAAAGUCUUGACGAUAUUCAGAAAGAGCCUAAUCUUUAUUUAGCUACAUAUUUUCCUUUAAAAUUAUGGAAUAGACUUAACACUGAAACCGAUGGAACAGUUUUGAUUUUUAUAAUUUUCAAAAACGAUUUACUUUUUGUCAAUCAUACGAAAAUGCUACAAAAACCACGAAGAAAUGUUUUGGAAAUAGCAGUACAGAACUAUACAGGUGAACUUCCAGAAGAUAUACCUUUCAUUUUAAGAUAUAGGCCAACAUCAGCGCAGCCUCCCAUUUGUGGUUAUUGGAAUUACAACAAAUGGAUUACAGAUGGCGUUGAAACGAAUUACAGCAAUAUUUCUAACAAUCUUCUUAUAUGCCGAAGUAGGCAUUUGACACAUUUUGCUUCACUGUUUGCAGUUUCAUCGGAGAGUUCUCUUAGUACAACAGACUUAACUUUACUUAGUAUUUCUCAUGAUAUGAUGUUAGAUUACAUCACAAUUUUGGGUUGUGGCCUUUCUAUGGUUGGACUAUCCUUUAUAUGGCUAACAGCGAUAUGGUUUAAAAAUUGGCGUGCCCAGGAAUCAAAUCAAGUAUUGAUGAAUGUGUGUUUUGUUCUUACCUUACUUAUGAUAUUCUUUUUGAUACUCAAUAUCCCGGAUGUACAACAAAACUAUCUCAAUAUGAGAGACGAACAUUUCUGUAUGAUAAUGGGUGCCAGUUUACAUUACAUUGUUUUGGUUCUAUUCUUUUGGAUGCUUAUCAUAGCUGUCAUGCAGUAUCAGCGUUAUGUAAAAGUUUUGGGCUAUGCAAGAUCUCCGAACUAUAUUAUCAAAUAUGCUUUAGUAGCCUGGGGUAUACCGUUAAUACCUGCAAUUUUGGUUGCCUACUUUGAUCCUGAAACAUAUAAACCACCCAAUGAAAAGGUGGAUAACAAUUCAGCUAUUUGCUAUCCCUCUGGUUUUAGUUUGUAUUAUGGCGUGAUAUUACCAAUGGCUGCUAUAAUAUUGGUCAAUAUAGGAAUAUUUAUUUAUAUUGUCAUCAGUCUUCGGCGUUCGAUGGGACUCUUUAAAAGGUUGAGCGAUAAGAAAAAUAUGAUUCUUCAAGUUCGUAUAUCGAUUUUGCUAUUUUUCUUGUUGGGAAUUUCCUGGAUUUUUGGCUUCUUAACACAUCUCGAAAGGGGUCCCGUGUUUUCAUAUCUCUUCUGUCUAACUUCAACAUUGCAGGGAUUUGUUUUAUUUCUGUACUCUAUUGUCAUUGACAAGUCGACACGUUUGUCGUGGACAAUGUUAUGCUGUGCUAAAAAUUAUAAUACAAUGGAAAAUUCUAAUUCGGUACACAGAGAAAACAGAUUUGUUAUGCCAACCGAAUUUGUUUCCAAUCGAAUGUAAUUUGAUUGUGGUGAUCGAAAAAUUCUAUUUGUGUUACUGAAUAAAAGAAGCACAGAAGGGAUUUGAAACAAUAAUUCGGUAAUAGCAAUUCCCAUAUUUGUAUUAUAUUUAUAUCUGUAUCUUUUAUUUAAUAUUUCGAUCUAUCUAUAGAAACUUAAAAUGCAAUGAAUUAAAAAUAUGUUAAUAAAUAUAAAUUAAAAGUGUGUAUUCUGUAAUA